AAAAUUUACUGUUAACUUUAAAUACAUUUCAAGAACAUGACUGACGAUCUGUUUUCUACAUAUUCUUUAAAAAAUUUCCUACUUCAAAUAUGAAAUCAAUGUUACACAUGGUAGGGGUAAUUUCAAUCACGAUGUGGAUUUCCCAAUCUGAACGUACGUGUAAGUCACGUGACUGAGACACGUAUUAGGAACCUUCUUAAACGCUCGUCUUUGUGUUGUUCAUUUAAGUUUCAGGCCGUACCGGUGUUUAGACUUAGGAGUCCUUUCAGUUAAUCAGAUUCGGUAUUUUUAACAUAAAUUGUUCAAAUCUCCUGUUUUAAAGAAGUAUUUAUUCAGAAGCCUUAAAUUUUUUAUUACUUACCCAAAAUGGUUUAUACUGUAAAAGAUAAGGAUGACUUCAAUGCCAAGUUGGAAGAAGCUGGAGAGAAACUAGUUGUAGUAGACUUCUAUGCAACCUGGUGUGGGCCAUGUAAAGCGAUGGCACCACAGUUGGAAAAGUUAUCCGUAGAGAAGAAAGACACGGUAAUGUUCCUGAAAGUGGAUGUGGAUGAUAAUGAGGACCUUUCCACAGAAUAUGGUGUCUCAUGCAUGCCAACAUUUAUUUUUUUGAAGAACAAGAAAAAGGUUCAUGAAGUUACUGGAGCUGCCAUAGAGAAGGUCAAAGAAGGAAUCGAGUUACAUAAAUAACCACCCACACUUGUCUUGUUUGGUAGUUAUAUCUUAAUACUGGUAUUAUAGCACUUGUUUCUCUUCUAGCAGGAUAUCUACUGGUACUGCUUACAAAAGUCUUAACCAAUGAAGCAUUAUGUAAAUCUUGUUGUGCAUGUCUACUCAAAGCCAGUUGAAAUCUUCUCACUGUAGAUAUUUAUACAUCACGUUUACUGAAUUCUCUCUUGUUGCAGAAGUUCAGGAUAUUCAGAAGCCAAGUGUUAAAAUCAUAUAUUUAAUACAUCUAGAAUUGUUUUUGGUGUGUGGUUCAAAAUUUAGAGAUAUAUUAAAAUCCAGUUGUUAUUUGUUUAAAAUGAUCAGUUUUACUUAAAUAGAUAUUAUAAGCUUUUAAAAUCUAAUAAUUUUUAAUAAUUUCUAAAGAUAUGUAAAGUUAUCGCUUUCCAAAUAAAUGAAGUGUGAUUGACA